CUCACAGCCAGACCCAGACGCCUCACGCCAGUUCACGACCCACGUUUCGUGCGUUACUACGUCGUCGGUGUAAAUAACUCGUGUUUAUUGUAUAAGCAAACGAAAAUGGCUAUCAGCAGAUUGUCUAUUAUUAAAUUCGUAGAAUUGGCGUUGACGUGUUCGUGCGUUGCGCUGCACUAUCACAGUUACAAUGCGGACGCUGACAUUGGCAUGCUUGUCACUGGUACCUUUAUUGGAUACCUGAUCAUAUUCGCAGGAGCAGCUGCUGGCUACGUGAUGCAGACCCAGGCACACAAACGCAUCGACAUUUUCUAUUCACUCAUCGGCGUCGCUCUGUUUAUUGCCAGCGGCGCUGUAUUGAUCGACAGAUUCCAGAACUAUUCCAAAUCAGAGUUCAAGGACAAGAAUCUGGCCAAGGCGUCGCUUGCUAUCAUCAACGGUGCCAUCUUGCUUGUUGACGCCGUGUUGACUCAGCGCGGAGGCUAAAUACUAAAGCAAAUAACCUCUCUUAAUAAUCUCUAAAACCUUUAUUACGUGUUUCUUAAAAAUGCUUGUUAAAUUAUUCGUUAUUAAUUUUAGUUCUGAAUUGUAUAUAACCGAUAUUUUUCGCAUUUCAUUAUAAACAAUAGGCUUUACGUGUACCUGUUAAUAUUUAUUAGGUCUACGAAAACGUUACUCUACAAAAUAUUCUGAUGUCCAUGUGUCUUAAGAGACGAAACCAUUCCAUUAAAGUAGUAUACCGUUGGGGUCUUCAAUAAAAAUUAAGCUUUAAGGAAUAUGCGAAUAUUUCAUUCAAAAAUAGAUUAAGAAUUCAUAUUUUUCUACCUCUGUACAUCUAUCUAAAUAUAUAUCGUUACAAUAAGUUAAUAGGGUUAUAAUGUCAUAUUUUUUUAUUAUUUUUUUUUUAUUUGUAAAAAUAUCUACUUAUAAAUAACCAUUCUUCUAAAUACAAAAUAUUAAGAUUCGAUAUUCAAAAAUUACUUUCAUAUCGUGUGUAUGCAUUAUGUUGUCAGUGUGUUUAUUUGAUUUUAAUUGAUUUAUAUCGGAGUGUGCGUAAGUAAUAUCUCCGGAAAAUAUAUUAAGCUUACCAUAAAAAAGCAAAUCAAAAUUAACGUACAUAAUUCUAUACAAAAUCAAAUAGAGUCAUGUUCCUUAGUAAUUUGGUACUAAAUGUUUAUCACUCACGAAAUUUUUUGGUAAUUGUAAUAAUAAGAGUGCAUUUUUAUAUAACCACCAAACUUUUUAUCUGUUUUAAUAAAUUUAAUUUUUUUAAA